AUGCUGCCCACUGUGCCACUAUAUUUGUUGCCUGGUGUGCUGCCAAUGACGCAGGUCAACCCAUUUUAUAAUUUUUCUGGAAUGGAUCCGAUGAUGACGCCGCCUUUCUUACCAGUGCCAUCGAUUUUCAACAUGCAAACGAACCUGAUAAACGUGAUGUCAAUGCAAGCUAUGACACCCCUUCCUCAGCCGAAUGCUCUUUCUUUAACUGGACUUCCCACAAUCAUCCCAACGGUACCGCUCCCAGAAGCAAUUCGAAAGAAGUCAUCAUAUCAGAUAUAUACGAUUCCUUCGGCCGGUCAACAAACACUCGGAAAUGAAAAGAACAGAACAGCAAAAAACAUCAAGAAACCGUUGAAUGCGUUCAUGUUAUUUAACAAAGAAAAUAGAAAUACUUCAUUGGAAGAAAAUGAAUACGAUCAAAUGCCAAUUCUCACCCCAAUGGUCCCAACUUUAGAAGCAAUGAAAACAGAGUCAGCAAAUCAGAUAGAUACGAUUCCUUCAACCGUUCAACGAGUUUCUCUAAACCGACGCCAAAAGAAAGAAAAUUACAUCAAAAAACCGUUGAAUGCAUUCAUGUUGUUCAUCAAAGAAAAUAGAAAAACUGUAUUAGAAGAGAAUGGAUACGAUCAAAUACCAGCAGGCGAGAUAAAUAAAGAGCUUGGAAGACGUUGGCGUGAAACUUCACAUGAAGAGAGACAGAAGUAUUUUGAAUUGGCCAGAAUUGAGAAGCAACUCCACAAAGACAAGUAUCCAGAGUGGUCCGCCAAGGAUAACUAUCCGAAGAACCCCAAGAAAGCGAAUAAACGAAUACAUGAUCCUACUCAACAUCUUGCAGAAAUGUGUCGCGCUCGAUUUGGAAUUGAGAACAAGGCAAAGUGGUGCAAAUAUUGUUUGCAAAAAAAGAAAUGUAUAUUAUCAAGAGAAAUCACCCAGAGUUAUGAAGAAGAAAUAACGAGCGAAACCUCACGCGGCAGUACAGAAACUGCAUCAUCAAGCGCAACAACGCCGACAGACUUAGCCUUGAAUCAGGCUUCUUCUACGCCUCAAUCACGAGAAGAGAGUCUUCAAACAAGUUUAUCAACAAACUCGGAGGCAGAAGAAGAAGAAAAAGCAUAA